AUGCUACCUGUGACGGCAGCUGCAAUUGCUGCACCGCCGCCCGUCGAUUCCAGACUUCAGCCAUGCGGAAACGCGUACUAUCUCCCUACACAGUAUACCUGCUAUGACACCGACUUCCUGUGCCCCGUGCUCAACGGCGUCCCUACGCUUCAAUGCGGACCAGACUGCUACAAUCCGUCAACAUACCGCUGCAGCAACGGCAGGCUCGUUUAUCAGCCGCCGGCCACUUUCGCGAGCACUGCGUCUGCCUCGUCAACGUUGGCAAGCGCUCCAUCUAGCUCUGCGGCCGCAACGUGCACCGGCGUCCCCACGACCCAGUAUCUCAGCGACCCACCUUACAACAACUACUUCUACUCCGACUGCCAUAGUGAGAGUCAGGUCGUAGUGACGAGCCCGCAACCUGACAGUAACCUCACGAUCAUUGGCUCUCGGCUGUUGGUCGCAUGGCCAGCCGGCAACUCCGGCGUCGUCUCCUUCUUCGCUCCCAGCAACGGGAUUAAUGGCACACUUGGUAUCGAGCUCGUCAACAGUACGAUAGGCCAUCCGCUUUCAGGCGUCUACAUUCCACCUAACAGCAGCCCGUUGACCGGAAACGCGCGGGUCGGAGUCAGUACCCUCGUCAACUUCAACUCUUCGGCGAUACUUACGGUGCCUAUCUUGGGUAGCAUCCGCACCAUUCGAGACUUCACUGAAGGUCCGUCAAUCUUGGUGCCGAGUGUCCAGAAUGCCAUCAACUUCGCCAGUACUACCGGCGGAGGCGCGGUGCUGUCCAGACUGUGGUUCGACAAUGUCACGGUCACGCAGAUGUCGUUUGUCCCGAUCAGUAGCAACAGUAGUGUCUUGAUCCACAACCGGACAGUAGAGCUUUCGGCCGGAAUCUACAACUUCACUGCGACCUUUGACUAUCCGCAACUUACUCAGCUCCCAGCCAACCAAGUCUUGAACGCGCAAUCUCAAAGUUUAGUUCAGCAGUACCCAGAUCAGACAACUUCGCUGUCAUUCCUGUCUUACACAGAAAAGCUUCUGGCUGGAUCUUGGCGCUUCCUCACAUACUUUGGUCGAGACAGCCUGAUCAGCCUUUUGCUUCUGCAGCCUGUGCUCUCCGAAGGCCAAGGCGGUGCUGUGGAAGCCGUCAUCUCCGCCGUUCUAGAGCGCCUCAACCGAACAGAUGGUGGCGUGUGCCACGAAGAGACGAUCGGAGACUACGCAACAUACCUCAACCUGCAGAUGAACGUGAGCAGCACCGCGCCCGGCUGCACGUAUCAGAUGGUCGACACGGACUACUACCUCAUGCCGGUCAUGCAGAACUACUUCCUCGACAGCGGUGUGGGGCAAAGCCGACGGUUAGCUUUCCUCACAACGCAAUCAACCCUGAACUUCGGUAAUCAUGGCCUCUCGUACGCUCAACUAGCUCUGAUCAACGCGGAAAAGAUCAUGAACACCUCCGCCCCCUUUGCCCAACCAGGUGGCCAAACCGAAGCAAACCUCAUCCAUCUAAAACCCGACCAGCUCGUAGGCGAGUGGAGAGACAGCACGUACGGGAUCGGAGGAGGCAGAAUACCCUACGACGUCAACACCGCCUUAGUCCCCGCCGCACUCCGGUCCAUCGCCGCCCUCUCCGCCGCAGGUUUCUUCCCGUCACAUCCAGACUGGACCAUCACGGCAACAACAUACGCCCAGGUAUGGGAAGACAACACCCUCGCCUUCUUCCGCGUCACCGUCCCCGCCACACAAGCCCAACAACUCCUCGCGAACUACACCUCCUCGUCCUCCGGCAACAACUUCCCCUCACACGCCGACACCAUCACCUCGGAAAUCGUCUACCACGGCCUAAGCCUGCAAGGAAACACCAACCAACCCCUCAUCCGCGUGAUGAACAGCGACGACUGUUUCCGGCAUUUCCUCCUAAACACAACCAGUCAAACCCAACUUACGUCCUUCCUCAACUCGACCGCCAACAACAUCCUCGCCCCCUUCCCCGUAGGUCUCAGUACGCCCGUGGGCAUGCUCAUCGCCAACCCAGCCUUUGGCGGAGAUCCCGUCUACGCGGCCAACUGGACAAACAAUGCUUAUCACGGGACGGUGGUGUGGAGUUGGCCUAUGGCUAUGAUGGCUGCAGGGCUGCAGCGACAACUAGGCCGGUGUUCAACGACGAAUGCCACCUCUUCCCCGUCUCCUCCUGCGUUCUGUACGGAUAGCAUAGUCUACGGCCGUGUGCGGGCAGCGUAUAACCAUCUGUGGGAUUUGAUCGAGGCGAACACGGCGGAGUUGAGCACGGAGGUGUGGAGUUGGGUUUACAAUAACAACAGCGACGCGGGGUUCGUGAGGGAGGAGUUGGGAAGUCUGCCGCCUCCGCCUGGUUUGAGUCCGACGGAGAGUGAUAUCCGACAACUCUGGUCUUUGACUUUCCUAGCCGUGACCCGCGACACGACUCUCCAAUAA